CAACGACCAUGAGCCAUUUAGAAACUUCCAAUUUGGUCAAACUUAUCGUCCCUGUUUGCAAAUUCUAAUUCCCAUUUCUGAUUUCAUCCUUAGAUUCAUAUUUCAUCAGAACAUCCUUCGAUCUUCAUUGAAUCAAAGUCGUAAAAAUGUCGUCGACAAUUUCUCGAUUAUCAUGUUUUUCUUCCAUCAGAAGCAAUCUCCAUUUUCAGCAACGCCGAUCGUUUUCGUUUCUUACUCAUCGUCCGAAGUUAUCAGUUGUUAUGAGUCUUGAAGGACAUGAUGCUGAAACUUCGAAUUCAGGCGCAAUGCCUAAGCUAAGCUAUGCGGCAGAUAUAUCGAGGUCAAGUGUAGAUCCGGUGGAGAAGUUGCAUCCAGAGGUAGAGGAGCAUGUUAAUGGUAACGGAAAGGUUAGUGUCAAUGGGCCUCUAGAUCCUGCUGUUGGUGAUAAGAAGAAUACCGCAAAGAUUCACGACUUUUGUUUUGGAAUUCCUUUUGGUGGCCUCAUUCUCGCCGGUGGACUCUUUGGCUUUAUGUUUUCAAGGAACUUGACAACUCUUAGCACGGGUGUUCUGUUUGGGGGCUCCAUUCUAGCAUUUAGCACAACUAGUUUAAAGGUUUGGAAGCAAGGGAAAUCAUCGUUCCCGUUCAUUAUUGGACAAGCAGUUCUUGCAGCAACCUUGUUAUAUAAGAACUUCCAAACUUACUCACUGACAAAGAAAUUGUUUCCAACAGGACUUUAUGCUUUAAUGAGUGUCUUCAUGUUGCUCUUUUAUUCUUACGUGGUGCUUUCUGGAGGAAAUCCACCCCCAAAGAAAUUGAAAUCUGCAGCUGAAGCUGCGUCAUGAUGACCAUUUUAAGGUCAGGUGGUAUGUUUUCAUUGUGAAAUGUGUGUUUUUCUCCUUCCUUAUUUUUGCUUGUUAGUAUACUUCUGUUUUGACUUGAUACGUAUAGUAUGAGUUUAGUGUAGUUGGAGAUCCUGUGGGCCUGUGGCUGGUCAUUGUGAGUACAAACUACUUGUAUGUACUGAAUAAUGGAGCCUUUUGAUGUGGUAAUGUAUUGUGAUGGUCUGAUGGACCAGAUUGUAUCAGCGUCAAAUUUUGUAGUCGCCUCAUUGCCGCUUGCUCGUGCUUGGAAGUUGUACUCGGUAUAAUCCACUCCAUUCUUUAUAUCUCGUCAAUUAGUGGGCUGAGUAGUGCAAGUGGGUACUAUGUCCAUAUUCUUGAUGGAGCCAACUAUCUAUAGCUUUUUUGAUUUUAAAUUGUAGUAGACUAUAGUAAAAUGAUCCUUGUAUCAUGUGGCUUCUUAAUUUUGUGAAGUUAUUGAUGAUGUUUACAAUAAUCCAAAACAGCCAAUUUGUCA